GCUACACUGAGCCGAGAGCGAGGGAGGUGUUGUGAAACCAAGGAGGCCAAACAAUCUGCCACCAUUUUGCAGAAAUACUGUAGAGUCAUGUGAUCAGCGGUCCGCUUAGAUUAUUCGAUGUGCUCCAACAAACCAUCAACAAUCCCAACAUGACCGACCUAACCCCCCGUUGUCCCUACCGCAUCCAACCAUCAAUCGAAGCCUUCGAAGUUCCCGUUCACAAAUACCUACACCAGCAGCCUCAAAUAUGCGGCAUUCUCAGCGCAGCCAUAUUGAUCUACGAGAACCGAGUCUUACUUGUACAACGCGCCGCCGAUGACGACUUUCCUAACCUGUGGGAGGUCCCCGGUGGCACCGCCGACGAAGAUGAAACGAUAGUUCAAUGCGCCGUUCGUGAAUUGUACGAAGAGGUCGGCCUAGUUGCGUCUACAGUGGUGGCUAUGGUCAGUGAGAUUGGAUGGACUGCAAGUGACUCGGGGGGCAGCGAUGGCCGGGAAUGGGGUGUCUGGAAAGUGUUUUGUUUCUUGGUCAUGAUUGAUGGUGCCAACGAGGAAUCGAACCUGAGAAUAAAUCUGAAUCCACGUGAGCAUCAGGCGUACCUCUGGGUAACCGAGACCGAUGUGCGUCGGGGCUUUCAUGGUAAUACCAGCCUGAAUUGGAUAUCCUCGAAUCAACCCCGGGCCAUACUGGCGGCUUUUGAAUCUGCCAGGUCCAGUGGAUGAUUAAGUGUUCGUUCUAAACACAAAUCAUGACUAUUGAGGUUGCGAUAUUUCUGAAUGAUAGAUUUUUAUUCGUGAU